AUGUCUCUCCAGUCGUCCCGGCUCCCCAUCACGCUCGUGCCUCUCUCGCAAAUCCGCCGCCCUGUGGCGCCAGUGCUCGACCCGCAGAAGAUCGACGCCAUGGUCUCGACCGCGCGCGGUGUACCUGCAGCCAGCGCUACGUGCUCGCUCGAGGAUGCUGCGGCGAUGGACGGCCAGCUGCCGCCCGUUGACGUGAUGCACGUGCGCCACGACUCGGCCGACUACUACUUUGCCUUUGGCGGCUGCCACCGCUUACAAGCCUACGAUCGCAUGGCGCAGGAGGGUCAAGAAGACGUGCUUGUGCGCUGCAAGCUGCUCCCAGCUACGAGGGCCCAAAUGCGUACCUAUGUAGGGGCUAGUGUAGACAAUUUGUUUAACUGA